GGCCGCGACUACCCGGCCCUUAGAUGGUGGGUCCGGAGGAUGCCGGAGCCUGCUCGGGAAGAAAUGCCAAGUUGUUCCCGGUUCUGGCGCCGGAGCCCGUGGGCCAGGACGGGAAGAUGAUCCGGGCCACGGGCGGCUUUGGCGGAGGCGUCGGCGCUGUGGAGCCGCCCGAGGAGGCUGAGGAGGAGGAGGAGGAGGAGACGCCGCCUCGGCAGCUGCUGCAGCGUUACCUCGAGGCAGCGGGGGAGCAGCUGGGUCCGGGGCUCUGCUACUGUCCCCUCCCCGCUGGCCAGGCCGUCGCCCCGCCGCCCUCGGCAGCCCCGCGUUCCGGCGCUUGCCCGCCGGGAUCCGGCUCCAAGCACCGCGGCGCGGAGGCGGCGGAUCCUCGCGUGCCGCGACACGGAGGCAUGACCAACGGGGACUCGGGCUUUCUGCUGGGCCAGGACUGUCGUGACCUGGAGGAGGCUCGAGGGCUAGCUCGCGCCGGCGGCCCGGAGUCGCGCCGCCACUAUCCCUGCGGCCGCCUCCUCCUGGAAGGGCCUGGCGACGAGGGUGCGGACGGCGCGGACAACCCGUCCGACUGGGCCGCGCCGCUGGAGGACCCACUGCGAAGCUGCUGCUUGGCAGCCUCGGACGCUAGAGAGUCGGAGGGCUCGGGCAGCGGCUCGGGGGAGAGCCCCGCCGGCAGUGGCGGCGAGGACUUGGAGCCGCUACGAGCCGGCGCCGGGGCUUCCGAGGAGGGCGCGCCCCCCUCCAGCUCGGCCGGGAGGACUAGUGGGGGUGUGGGCGCGGAGCCGAGCCACGGCUUCCCUGACGUCCACUUGAACUCUCGGAACACGUUCGAGGUGAGCCGCUGCCAGAGCCCCGGCGACCACUUGCCAUCGGUUGGGCCGCCGGUGCCCUCGCCUGCGGCAGAGCAGGGCCCCGCAGGGACCUCGGCCCGGGCUCGACGGAGUGGUGGCUUCGCCGACUUCUUCGCCAGAAACCUUUUCCCAAAAAGAACAAAGGAACUCAAAUCAGUUGUCCAUAGUGCUCCUGGUUGGAAAUUAUUUGGUAAAGUCCCUCCCAGAGAAAAUCUUCAGAAAACUUCCAGAAUCAUUCAGCAGGAGUAUGAAGCACGAACAGGGAGGACCUGUAAACCACCACCUCAGUCUUCAAGACGAAAGAAUUUUGAAUUUGAGCCACUUUCUACCACUGCCUUGAUUCUUGAGGAUCGACCAUCAAAUCUUCCUGCUAAAUCUGUGGAAGAAGCUUUACGUCACCGACAAGAAUAUGAUGAGAUGGUGGCUGAGGCUAAAAAACGAGAAAUUAAAGAAGCACAUAAAAGAAAAAGAAUAAUGAAAGAACGGUUUAAACAGGAAGAAAAUAUUGCAAGUGCAAUGGUAAUUUGGAUCAAUGAAAUACUGCCCAAUUGGGAAGUCAUGCGUAGUACAAGAAGAGUUCGAGAAUUGUGGUGGCAGGGAUUGCCCCCUAGUGUUCGUGGGAAAGUUUGGAGUCUAGCUGUAGGAAAUGAACUAAAUAUCACUCCUGAACUUUAUGAAAUCUUCCUUUCAAGAGCAAAAGAACGGUGGAAAAGCUUCAGUGAAUCAAAUUCAGAAAAUGAUACAGAAGGUGUAUCUGUUGCUGACCGAGAGGCCAGUCUGGAAUUAAUUAAGUUGGACAUAUCCCGUACAUUUCCAUCUCUCUACAUCUUUCAGAAGGGUGGCCCAUAUCACGAUGUUUUACAUAGUAUCUUAGGGGCAUAUACAUGUUACAGACCUGAUGUUGGUUAUGUCCAAGGGAUGUCUUUCAUCGCAGCAGUGCUCAUUCUCAAUUUGGAAGAGGCAGAUGCUUUCAUUGCAUUUGCAAAUCUCCUGAAUAAACCAUGUCAAUUGGCUUUUUUUCGUGUGGAUCACAGCAUGAUGUUGAAAUAUUUUGCAACAUUUGAAGUUUUCUUUGAAGAAAAUCUAUCCAAACUAUUUCUUCAUUUCAAGUCUUAUAGUCUUACACCAGACAUAUACUUGAUAGACUGGAUCUUUACACUCUAUAGCAAGUCACUACCACUUGAUCUGGCCUGUCGAGUCUGGGAUGUAUUUUGCAGAGAUGGAGAGGAAUUUUUAUUUAGGACUGGAUUAGGAAUCCUCCGAUUAUAUGAAGAUAUUCUCCUACAGAUGGAUUUUAUUCAUAUAGCACAGUUUCUAACUAAAUUACCAGAAGAUAUCACAUCAGAAAAGCUCUUCAGUUGUAUUGCAGCCAUUCAGAUGCAGAAUAGCACCAAAAAAUGGACUCAGGUCUUUGCAUCUGUAAUGAAGGAUAUUAAAGAAGGAGACAAGAACAGCAGUCCUGCUCUGAAAAGCUAAUCUUAAAAAUUAACAGACUAACUGAAAUAUAAAAAAUGUAGGUUUUUUCGGGAGGUGGGGGGUGGUGAAAGUUUUCUGUGUUCUAUGUAAAAAGCAUGAAAGAAAAUUGUUGGAGAAUCUAAAAGAAUCAAGAGGUGGAAACUGCUGAUUUUAAAUUCCAUGGCUGAAGCAAAGGAAAUAAGGAAUUUAUUAACAGUAUUAAUAAAAAAAAGUAUUUUGUAGGGAGAGCCAUUUUUCAGAGGAAAAAGUCUAAAUGGUUAUUACAUACUCCAUAAUUUGGAGUAAACAGUUUAAUGCAAUAAAUUUUUAAAAUAGCUUCAAAGAUA